AUGUCAACCUCAACACCAACACCCCUAUCCCGCGAUCAAGCGAUAGCAGCAGCAGAGCAUCCCCAACACAAUCCCUCAACCCCACUCUGCCCGACCUCUGUCGAUUCUUGGAGCUAUAUCCUAGCCGCGACCUUCGCCUCGGCUGGUUUUGGCAAUGCUAUCUCGGCAGCAUGUACGAAUCCGGCGGAUAUAGUAAAAGUUCGUCAGCAGCUAAUGCUGGACAAAUCUCGAGCGAAUUUCAUUGGUGUAGCUUCCGAAAUGAUUCGUAAGGAAGGCGUCAAAGCAAUGUGGAAUGGUGUAACAGCAUCCUGUCUGAGAGAGUUGACGUAUAGUACGGUUAGGUUCGGGCUGUAUGAAACGUUCAAAGAUUUCUAUGGGACAGCAUUAGGGUUAGGGGAUACGAGUUUUGCUUUGAAAGCAUUCAGUGGGAUAUCAAGUGGUGCGAUAGGAAGUGCUUUUGCUUGCCCUACGGAUUUGAUUAAAGUGAGAAUGCAAGCAGUUCGACCAACAGGUCAACGACCCUAUCGCAACACCUUGAUCGCCUUUUCCCACGUCUAUCACGAAGGUGGAGGAGGUCUCAUCCCCGGAAUCCGCUCCCUAUACCGCGGAGUAGGUCCGACGGUCAUGCGAGCAGCAGUGCUAACGAGCUCUCAAAUUGCCUCGUACGAUCAAGUGAAAAACAUGCUCAAAAGCAAUCGAAUCAUGCAAGAAGGUUUGCCACUACACUUUUCCGCCUCGAUGGUUGCCGGUUUCGUCUGUUCCCUCACGAGCGCUCCUUUCGAUACAGUCAAAGUUAGGUUAAUGCAAGACAAAUCAAGAGAGUUCAAAACAGCUUUCGAUUGCUUAGCAAACUUAGUCGCCCAUGAAGGUCCAUUCGCUCUAUACAAAGGCUUUGCAAUGUGCUGGGCUCGCCUAGGAUCACAUACAGUCAUUUCGUUGAUACUCUUUGAGAGAUUCCGAACGCUCUUCGGCGUCAAGCCGCUUUGA